AUGGAGCGUCGGUAUUCGGCGCUGUUGUUGGUGGUGCUGGUGACGGCGCUGGAGCUGUCGAUGGCAGCCGCUGGCGCCUUCCGCUGCGAGCGGCGCCCCAAGGACGUUUCGGGCGACCCGCAGCCGGUCAAUGGCCGCUACCGCCUCGAGUUCAGCGGCAAGGGGAACACCUACGUGCCCGACCACACCUACAGAGGUAGGGUCAUUUCGGACGUUAUGGUCAGUGCCGCAUUACGUGCUCCAGGAGGCCAAGAGGCCCCUCCCUUUUGA